AUGGCUCCAUAUAAGGCCUUAUAUGGAGACGAUGUCGUUCUCCUGUUAGUUAGUUUGAACCAGGUAAAAUUGAGUCAGGAGCGGUUUCGUACAACACAGACCAGAAAAAAGAAUUAUGCUGAAAGGAAGGUUUAUGAUGUGUCUUUCAUAGAGGUUGAGAAGAUUCUUCUCCGAGUAUCGCCUAUGAAAGAAGUGACAAGAUUUGGGAAGAAAGUGCAACUUGAUGGGGAUUUGACUUAUGAGGAAGAACCGUUAGCUAUUCUAGAUCAGCAGGUUCAACAGUUUAGAUCCAAGGAUAUUCCUUCUAUGAAAGUGCAUUGGAGAGGUCAACUGACUGAGGAGGCUGCUUGGUUGUCUUAG